UAAGAGGAUCCAUCCAAGCGUGUUUUAGAACACACGCGUCCCCAACUCACAAUUCCCCUAAAAUUUCAAACAAUACUUUCCCUCGCUGACUCCACUCAGAACCUCGCCCCUCUCUCUCUCUCUCUCUCUCUCUCUGGGGCAUUGCUAAAUCCUCAUCUCACAUUCAGCCAUUCAUUUCUUGCCCUAAAUUCAUUCUGGAUAUGGAAAUGGUUCGAUACACCCAGGCACUUGAUCCAUUGACCACUCAUGCAUUUUAAAGAGAGAGAAGUUUUAUUUUAUUUUAUUUUUCGCUAUUUAUUUAUUUUUUUUUUGGGGGAGGGUGGGGUGGGAUAGUUAAGAGGGGAGAGGAAUUUAUGCAGGAAUUGUCGGAUUUUAUGCAUCUUGGUUAGAAUGGCGAAGGUGGCUGUCCAUGAUUUCUCCUCUUCAUCAACAAUUGCACAUUGUGCCUCCAAACUCCAAUUUGAAUCCACCACGAAGAGAAAGACACCUUUGGAGCUGAGAGGGGAGCAGUUGAAGCGGAAGCAAUUUGGAGAUCCUGUAGAGGGAUCUUCCUCUCCUCUUUUUGGUGGUGAUUGUGAAAUACGCCAUGGGCAAAAGAAAGCAGAGUCAACAAAGACACCAAGAUACAUUGAUACUCGUGUUGAUGAUGUUUUCCCUGUUAAGAAGUUCAAUGACUUGUUGCGGAUUCAUAGUGAAAAGCAGAAGAAAACUUUUGCUCAUCUCAAUCAAGAAAAUGCUCUUUCUGCACGAGGGAUUAUUUUGAAAAGCCCAUUCGAGGCUUGUCAUUUGGCAGUGAAGAAGGAAGGACCACUUCCAUGGCAAGCACUUCAGGUUCACACAGUGGGCAGAAAUGCUCUGAGAGCACAUUUCGUAGUGUUGCUGAGCUUUCUCGUGGAAGUGAAGCAUCAGGAAAUCCACUUGACUUUGAUAUGGUUUGAGGCAAUUGUGGUGGAAAAGCUAGAAAGAGCAUUGAUAGUGACAAAAAGACAUAGGGUGUUUGCUUCUUACUGUUUGUACACCUCUUCUAUGAUGUUAUGGUGUUGAAUUGUUGGGAGCGGGAGCUUUUUAUAUAGUCUAUGGUUUCUUAAGUUUGACAAAAGUAUAAUACAUGGUAAGGAGAAGAAUUAUUGAAAAGGGCACAGAGGACAAACUUACCUGCCAUGUUUACGUAUGUUAAUAUUAGCAAAGUAAGGAGCCAGGACGUUUAUCUGUAGCAAUUGAAGUGUUUGGAAUUGUUUUACCAAAGUGAAGAACCAUACAGAAGAGGUUCAACGAGCAAAUAAGAGCAAGGACGCUCUAUUUUGGGUCCCUUUUGUUUAUUAUUGUGGAGCAAAUAGGAAAAAUAUGAAUUUAGAAUUUAUUGUAAUGCAUCCAAACAAACAUA